AAUCAGAGAGCAGCAAUUCUCAGUACUUCCGUUUCCACGGUGAUAGUCGGAAGUGACUGCGAGUACUUCCAUGCUUUGGAGUGGACGUGGCCCUGAGGAUUUCAUAUCGACCACUCAUGCAGCGCUGCCUCACACUGACCCUUGCUCGGCACACCAGGCUCCUCUUAAGAAGUAAAUUUGCACUUGUCCAGUGCCAGCAGUGGGUAGCUAUGUCCAGUCUCCUGAUUAACCAGCCCAAAUACGUAUGGCUCAAAGAGCUGGGUUUGUCUGAGGACAACCCGGGUGUUUACAACGGUAGCUGGGGAGGUAGUGGGGAGGUUAUCACGUCAUACUGCCCUGCCAACAAUGAGCCGAUUGCCAGAGUUACCCAGGCUACUUUGGCGGAGUAUGAAGAGACUGUUCAGAAGACGAAGGAGGCUUGGAAGUUGUGGGCAGACAUUCCCGCUCCUAAAAGAGGGGAGAUUGUGAGGCAGAUUGGGGAUGCAUUGAGAAAAAAGAUUAAAGUACUUGGAAGUCUGGUGUCACUGGAAAUGGGCAAAAUCUAUGUUGAGGGAGUUGGUGAAGUUCAGGAGUACGUUGACGUCUGUGAUUACGCAGUUGGUCUGUCUAGAAUGAUCGGCGGGCCCAUCCUGCCCUCAGAGAGACCGGGUCACGCCCUCAUCGAACAGUGGAACCCAGUCGGCCUGGUCGGCAUUAUCACCGCCUUCAACUUCCCCGUAGCUGUCUACGGCUGGAACAACGCCAUCGCUCUGACCUGUGGCAACGUCUGCCUCUGGAAAGGAGCUCCGACCACUCCUCUCACAAGUGUUGCAGUUACCAAGAUCGUGGCUGAGGUGCUGGAGCAGAACAAUCUCCCCGGCGCCAUCUGCUCCAUGACCUGUGGCGGAGCAGAUAUCGGCACGGCCAUGGCAAAGGAUGAGCGUGUGGAUCUGUUGUCCUUCACUGGCAGCACUCAUGUUGGCAAGAUGGUGGCCAUGAUGGUGCAAGAAAGGUUUGGUCGCAAGCUGCUGGAGCUUGGUGGCAACAACGCCAUCAUCGUGUUUGAAGAUGCUGACCUGAAUCUCGUGGUGCCCUCUGCCGUCUUCGCUUCCGUUGGAACCGCCGGCCAGCGCUGCACCACAACCAGAAGGUUGAUGCUGCACGAGAGUGUUCAUGACACAGUGGUCGAAAGGCUUGCCAAGGCCUAUAAACAAGUCCGCAUCGGAGACCCCUGGGACCCCAGCACCCUCUAUGGUCCUCUGCACACCAAGCAAGCUGUCGAGCAGUACCUGGCUGCCAUCGAGCAGGCCAAGCAGCAGGGCGGCACUGUGGUCUGUGGAGGAAAGGUGAUGGACCGUCCUGGAAAUUAUGUGGAGCCCACCAUCAUUACAGGACUGCCUCACGAUGCCUCUAUUGUCCACACUGAAACCUUUGUCCCCAUCCUGUAUGUCCUUAAGUUCAAGACAGAGGAGGAGGCGUUUGCCUGGAACAACGAGGUCAAGCAGGGUCUGUCCAGCAGCAUCUUUACCAAAGAUCUAGGCCGGGUUUUCCGUUGGCUGGGCCCCAAAGGGUCCGAUUGUGGCAUCGUAAAUGUCAACAUUCCCACAAGCGGAGCAGAGAUCGGAGGAGCUUUUGGUGGGGAGAAACAUACAGGCGGUGGAAGAGAGUCAGGCAGUGAUUCAUGGAAGCAGUACAUGAGGCGCUCGACAUGCACAAUCAACUACAGCAAGGAUCUUCCUCUGGCCCAGGGAAUCAAGUUUGAGUGAGCCAGCCAGCUAGUUGUUUAAGCGUCGAUGAGCCCGAAGGACAACACUAAAUAGUUUGAAUAGCAGAGUGAAAUGCAGGGCAAUGCAUUUACAUUCAGAAAGGUCAGCUUGUGUUUGGAUCUGUGUCAGUCACAUAUGAUAACUGUAUCUGUAUGAAUGUAGUUUAAGAAUAUUCUGGAUUUAAAACAGUUUCAGGAGUUUUGUUAAAGGUUAAAAAUCUUUUUCCCCCAAAUGCGUGCACUUUUCUACAAGCACUUAAUGAUGUUUGACUGAUCGAUUACAGUCGUUACAUUUUGGAAGAAAAACUAGACAAAGUUGUAAAUGUGUAGAUUGUUGGAGUUCACCAGAAAUGUUGCAUACCAAACACUGGCUGUUUUGCACCCAGUUACAGCAUGAAUAUACUGUAAGUUCUAUGCAUAGAAGAUGUACAGUACUUUAAAGGCAACCAAACAACAAUAAAAGCCAAUGUGUUGACAUGUG